AUGACAUUCACAUCUAAUGAAAUAUCUGAAACUAAAAAUGAUGAGGUCAAUUCGUCUUUCUCAUCUGAUUGUAUAUAUUCUAUGGAACAUGAAGAAAUAGAACAUAUUGAUAAAUCAUUAUCUACAAAAGCUACUGAAGAACAACAAUUUUCAUCUUCAAAUGAAUAUGACGAUGAAUUAAGAUCAUUAAAAGAAAAACCAGUUUCUAUUGCUUUAAAUAAAACAAAUAAUGAAAAUCUUGAUAAUAAACGUCAAAAUCUAUUAAAAAGUCGUUCUUUUAGUUUUGUUCCAACGGUUGAAGAAUAUGAAAUACCAGCUGGUUCUUCAGUUUCAUCUGAUUGUUUGUCUGAUUAUAUUGAUGCAUUAGUUGAUAGUUAUAAAUUGCAAACAUCAAUUAAUUUAUUUCUAUUAUAUGAAGAAAAAAAAUAUGUGUGGAUGUGA